AUGUCCGACAACUCGCUGCCACCAGGAUGGGAGAAGCGCCAGAGUCGCACCAAUGACCGAGUCUACUACUUCAACACGGCUACCGGUCAAUCCCAAUGGGAACGACCGGAGCAUACGGCGUUCGGAAAAGGAUCCGAGCUGACUCAAGUCCAAUGUCUUCAUCUUCUGGUGAAGCACGAAGGAAGUCGUAAUCCAUCGUCGUGGCGUUCGGAUCGUAUCACACGAUCCAAGGAGGAUGCGAUCAAUAUUUUGAGAAACUACGAAAAAGAGCUCAAAGACGCAUCGGAUGUCCAGGGAAAGUUCCGUGAACUCGCCAAGCAGUUCAGCGAUUGCAGCUCAGCGAAGCGUGGAGGAGAUCUUGGACCAUUCAAACGCCGACAAAUGCAAAAACCAUUCGAAGACGCGUCGUUCGCUCUGGAGGUCGGAGAGAUGUCCGACAUAGUCGACACCGAUUCUGGAGUUCAUCUCAUCUACCGUAUUGCUUAA